AUGAAAUUGGAGUUAACUGUAGUAGAAGAGGGAGGCCGAGGAGGAUCCAACGAGUUUGAUAGAGGAAGGGCAUCGAAGAGGUUGUUAUGGGCAAGCAAUGAUUCUGUAAGCCAAAGGGGUUCUGAGGCGAAGAAGGAGAAGGGUAGAGGUGUUCAGCCGAGGAAUCUGUGCAAGGGAAAUAUCACAUCUGAAGGUGAGAGACGCGAAGCAGCAGAGAGAGGACCUAGGAGUGUGGAUGAAGCAGUAGUGGUGGAGGAUGAGGACAGUAAAGUAAAGACGAGUGAGAAAGUGAAGACACUAAAUACCUUCAAGGAGCUCUGCUCCCAAACUUUGGUGGAUGCGCUCGGGAAGGAAUACAUUGUCCCGACGACGAUACAGAGGUACUGCAUACCGUCGAUGAUUGAGGGGCGGAAUCUGAUUUGUAGGGCACCUACUGGGAUGGGAAAGACCAUGUGUUUUUUGAUCCCGAUCAUAGAAAGAUAUCAGCAAAUGAAAAAGCCGCAGGCGUGCAUUAUUUCGCCGACAAGGGAACUCUGCGAACAAAUUCGAGCCGAGGCGUCUAAGCUUGUAUCUGGAAGCAGGAUCAAGGUUGUGUCGAUUUAUGGUAAAAAGCAAGACCUUCCCAGCUAUGCGGGAGUGGACAUUAUAGUUGCAACGCCUGGAAGGCUGAUAGAUCUAUUGCACAAAGAAAAGGUGGAUCUUUCUGGAGUGAGGAUGUUCGUCUUGGACGAGGCAGACAAGCUUCUGGACAUGGGGUUUGAGAUGCCGAUAAGGGAGAUCCACAAGUAUAUUCCAAAGAAUACGCAGACAUGCCUCUUCAGUGCCACAUACUCGCCAAAGUUGACACGGAUGAUAAACUACUUUCUCCCUGGGGACAAAGUGUCUAUUGAGGUGCCUUCUGAAACGCUCAAGAACAUCAAGCAGGAUAUUAUUGAAGUCCGGAACAAAAAGAGGACGCUGCUGAGCAUCCUGCAGAACUCUGACAUAAACCUUAAGGGGUCUUGGAGGAUGGAGGUUCAGCCUGACAAGGUCCUUGUAUUUGUUGAGAGAAAAAGUGAAUGUGGUGAGGUUGAGAAGGUUCUGAAGAAAAAUGGUAUUUUGUGUGUCACGUUGCAUGGAGACAAGGAGCAGUCUGACAGAAACGAGGCGCUGAAAGGAUUCCGCAACGGUAGGUUUCCUGUGAUGGUUGCGACUUCUGUAGCUGCUAGAGGUAUAGACAUUAAGGAUAUAAAGCUUGUGAUAAACUACGACAUUCCAAAGGACAUAAAGGAAUACAUCCAUAGAAUUGGGCGUACUGGGCGUGAAGGGAAGGCAGGGAAGUCCAUUUCGUUCUAUGAUAGUGGGGUGAGUGCAGACUUCAAGAAGGCAUUGAUAGAAGUCCUAAGGGAGUCCAAAAACCCGGUUCCUUCCUUUCUAUCUGACGUUGCAGAGGAUUUUGAUGCCAGGCUCCAAAGGCUAAAGAUAAGUGCGGACAAAGAGAUGUCAGAUGACGAGGAGGUAGGUCUGUGGGGAGAUGUCUCUCUUAGGUAA